AUGUUGGUUACCGUCAGUGCGCCGCAGAGCAGAGCAGAGCAGAGCAGAGCAGCUUAGAGCCGACGAGCAUCACAACAUAAACUCUCCAGACUGCAGCCAACAACAACUAUAACUUCAAAACUCAACAUUGCUUUUAUCUAAUAUAUGCUCAGUGCAUGUUUUUCUUAACAAAAAGGUAGUAAAUCCAUGUGAGGAUUUGUUUUUUGUGACAGUUUUUUGGAGCGAAUAAGUGCGCAUCUUGGCUUCUUCUACCUGGAGUUGCAUGACUUGGAAGAGUUGACUUCUUCACCGCCAUCAUGAGAGCUCAAAUAGAGGUGAUUCCGUGUAAAAUCUGUGGGGACAAAUCAUCAGGGAUUCACUAUGGUGUCAUUACCUGUGAAGGCUGCAAGGGUUUCUUCAGACGCAGCCAGCAGAACAACGCUAUGUACUCCUGCUCACGACAGAGGAACUGUUUAAUAGACCGGACCAACCGUAACCGUUGUCAGCACUGCAGGCUGCAGAAGUGUCUCGCCCUGGGCAUGAGCCGCGAUGCGGUCAAGUUCGGGCGAAUGUCCAAAAAGCAGCGCGACAGCCUGUAUGCAGAGGUCCAGAAGCACCAGCAGUCCCAGGAGUGCGCGGCGCUCGGCAUCCGCGAGGACAACAGCAACAUGGUCGACCACAGCCGCAACUACAGAAGAGGCUCCACAGUCGCGCUCAGCGACCUGGACGACAUCAGCAUGCUGCCAGAGGGCCUGCUCUUCGACCUGCCGCUGACCCCGGAGGACGGAGGCGGAGACUACUGUAACCUGGACAUGCUGGGCGGCAGCGCGGGCAGCAGCUCGUCCUCUCAGAGCUCACCAGAACAGACCAACUUGGACUUUCUAGACGGCAACCACAGCAUCAAGCACGAGUACCAGCUGUUGCACGACUCCGGACUCUUCUCACACGCGAUCCUCAACCCGCUGCCCGAGGGCUGCUCCCUGCUUGACAUAGAUCGUAUAACUCAGAGUGUGCUGAAGUCCCACAUCGAGACGAGCCAGUACAGCACAGACGAGCUGAAGCGAAUGGCGUGGACCAUGUACAGCCCAGAAGAGACACGCUCAUACCAGACCAAGUCAGCUGAGGUGAUGUGGCAACAAUGUGCCAUUCACAUCACCAACGCAAUCCAGUACGUGGUAGAGUUUGCCAAGCGCAUCACUGGCUUCAUGGACCUCUGUCAGAACGACCAGAUCAUCCUCCUCAAAGCAGGCUGCAUGGAUGUCCUUCUGAUCCGUAUGUGUCGGGCCUAUAACCCCAUCAACAACACGUUGCUCUUUGACGGAAAGUUUGCCACUGCUCAUCUUUUCAAAGCUCUCGGAUGUGACGACCUUGUCAACUCCGUGUUUGACUUGGCUAAAAGCCUGAGCCGUACCCAGAUGUCAGAGGAAGAGAUGGCUCUCUUCAGUGCUGCUGUGCUUCUCUCACCGGACCGACCCUGGCUGACAGAUGUUCAGAAGAUCCAGAAGUUGCAAGAGAAAGUCUACGUGGCUCUGCAGCGCUGCCUACAAAAAGAGGGAGCGUCAGAAGAGAAGCUAGCAAAGAUGGUGUCUAAGCUUCCCACAAUGAAGUCCAUUUGCAACCUUCACAUUGACAAACUGGAGUUUUUCCGCCUGGUCCACCCUGAGACGGCGUACACCUUCCCUCCUCUGUACAGGGAGGUGUUCGGAAGUGAACUCAGCUUCCCCGACUCCACGGAGGGCUAACACCGCCGCUCAGCUAAAUAGCGGGAUUUAAAUGGAGGACAUUGAGGUGUGGGGGGGGGGGGAGAUAAAACACAAGAAAUGUGGCAAAACUAACCAGCAGCUCAAUGACAAUCCUGCAUGCUACACGUUAGGACACACUCCUCUCGCCUAUGAGCUCCCGACCCUGUGGAGUAGCUCACACUGCCCUGCAAGCCAGUCCACUCAGCUUCAUCGUAACACUACAGGAACUGCUGCUGGCUACUCAGUGCAUGUUACCUCUUUUUUUAGGGACUUAUUAAAGAAUCAUUUGUAUUCUCAAAAAUAUUUUUCUAUGAGAAGACCUCUCAUCAAGCUGAAUUUGACUUUCACCAUUCUCAAAGUAAGCUAUUGUUGAAUGUAUUCCCCUUUUUCCCCCUUUUACCGUUUCUGCACAGCCCUUCGGCUCGAUCUAUAGAAUGUACAUACUCGCACACGUUGUGGAGGUUUGCAGUAAUUAUGCCUGUUUCACUUUCUAGUUAAGUUUAUUAUCUCAUUCAUUUUCGGUAGCGCCCGUAUUUUGCAGUUUUGUAACGUACGAACAAACUGUUUAAAGGGACCAUGAUCAAACUCACAAACAGACAGGGUUUUUAAACCAUGUGACUCGAGGGUAACCUCUGAGCAUGCGGAGCACAAAACAAGCACUUAUCUUUGUAGGUAUUUUUACUAGCACACCCACAGACACUGAUGUAAGUGAGCUCUUUUUUUUAUGCAAUCGCUGACCUCAGCCCUAAUACCUUUUCCCCUUUGAAAAUGCCACUUAGAGAGAGAGUGAGAAAGGUAUUUUGAAAGUAUUUUCAGAUGCUCCUUUUAUAUAUAUAUAUAUAUAUAUAUAUAUAUAUAUAUAAAUAAUAACACUUAUAUUAUCAUGUAAGAUAAGAGCAGUUCAUCCCGAGUGAGGAGGAGGAGGAGGGUGAUGUGCUCAGGACUCUCGAACAGAUACUGCCUGCCCAAACUUUGGGUUUCUGGGAUGGAAAGACUUUUGCUGAAAACGGAUGAUUAGCACUUAUUGUUAGAAUCUGAACUCUUGGCACAAGACUUUACGGGUUCGCACUCAGACUGCCAUCUGUGAAGCUUCUGUUGAAACCAGUCAGAAGUACGAGAUACGCCCUCCCCGCUGUCGAUAAGCUGUAUGAACAAGGUGGCGGGCCAGCCAACUGCUGCGGGGUCAUGUGCUCUCCGUACGUUGAACCUCCUCCUCCGCAGAAGAGUGCCAUCGCCCAAAAACCUCCAGCGCCGUCUCAACCAGCACAUGCAAAAGACUUUGGGAGAAAAAGAAAAUGAGACGUGGUUGGACGAAGGGUCGAAGACUGGAGAGUGGACUUGUGGGUGAUGGUGUUAUUUAAGCUCCUCGGACGUCAGUUGGAGGAGAUUUUACUGUCUGCGGCACCUCUCGCUGCUUCGGGGUUUGAUGGCCGACUGCGCUGUCGCAGGAAGCCAAGGUGUUCUGAUUUGGAGAUCCUCUGUUCCUUCCCCUCCCCCACUCCCUUACUACCUCACCCUCUUCAAACACUACAUGGCACAGCAAAGGGUUGACAGAGCCGUCAGCUACCCCCCUGAGUUAAUAUUUCUGCGUACAGGAUAGAGAGCUUCUUCAAAAAAUACAACAAUUAGUGGUGCAAUUUGAAGGCCAUUGACUAAACUUUCCUAAAACAUCUUGUAUCAGAAGUAGGGCUGUCAAAGUUAACACAAACAAAUUUGUUUUAAUCUUUAAUUCUUUAACACAAUCUUCUGAAUGUACCAACCAUGUCAUACCAGCUUGUCGUGAAGGAGGCUAAAUAACGCUACGAAUUCACGCUAAAUUUUGGCGAGGAAAAACUGGCAUGGCCAUUGACAUCUGACCUCAAGAUAUGUGAAUGAAAAUGGGUUAUAUGGGUACCCACGAGUCUCCCCUUUACAGGAUAUUUGAAUCGUUUGACAGCCUUAAUCAGAAGACUAAAACUACUGGAUCUACGUAUACUGACUGCUUCUCUGUCAUUUGAGAGCAGUUCAUGCCUUCAGGUCCAGGAAGCCCUACUUAGGAUACAGAUCUAUCCGAAGCAAAGUCUCUGGAGACACCAGGGUGCGUCCACUAGAAACCUUUUUUUCCUUCAGAGUAGGGGGACAUAUUGGAUUUCUGUAUACGCGCCAUUCUACCUAAAGAAGCUACUAGAAAAGAAAAGCUGUAAUCGAUGCUGUUUUUAUUUUACGACGACAAUCACACGACACAUGUUGGAUGUCUAUUUAAUAGCCUGGUUUGCUUUUGCACUGCUGGGACAGUGCUGUUCGCCAUACGUUAUCUCACAUAGCAUGAAAGGGGGUAUUACCCUUUUUCUGGGUACGUACUGUAAGACAGUGGCAUGGUGGGAUUGUGCAAUAAUGUCUUUCCCAUUGUAAUCGCACUCCAGCACAGUUGACCUCGCAGCACGACAAAUGUUGUUUAAGAAUAUAAAUGUACCAAAUACCAACCACUACACAGAUCAGCUGACACGUACAGAUUGUAAUACUUUGUGUGUGGAGAAUGUGCUGCUUCUUUGAGAGGAUUCAGUGUAGUUAUUCGCAGGUCUGAAAGCUGUCCAGGGGGGCAGCGCUGAAGAUCUUGCACUUGCAUUUUCCGUUUUAGAGUUACUCAGGGAGAUAGCUGGGCUCUCUGUCCUACAGUGUCUGCAGUUAGUCUAGCUAGCAAGACACCUUGCACCAACAUAGAAGACCUUAAAACCUUGAUCACUGUGUACAGUACAUGUUCUUGUGAAUGUUUUAUUUCAGAAGUAUCAAAGAUUUUACCCCUGUCUAAUAUCAUUAUUGCAAUUUUUAUUUUUAUUUUUUUGAGUUUGAGUCAUAGAUGAAAUAGGAUAUUAAAAAUAUAGUAAAAUAAAUAUAAAAGAUGGAAUAUAAUCUCUGAAUUUUGUGUUGGUUUUGUUGUGAUCUUCUGUUUCUUAAUUUUUAUCCCUGCGUGUUUAUUUUUCUCAUCAGUCUAGUGUCCUUUUUGUCUUGGAGAGAUGUAAUUCUAUUUUUUUAAAGAGCGUUUUUAAAGAUGUCUCCCUACAAGUUUCUCUUUUGUCAUGAUCCUUCUGUUUAUAUGUUCACUCUAUUUUAAGAUUAUUAUUAUUAUUAUUAAAUCAAUAUAGAUUUUAAUAAGAAAUAAUUUAUGAUAUGUUAUGGAUAUAAAGCCUAAGAGGUUUUAACACAGUAAAGUGUUAUUGCACAAUGGUGAUACAAUAUGUGGAUUUAAGAAUGUAAUAAAAGUCUUUUUACAAUUAAA